AUGUCUGGAGAAGCGAAAAACUCAACUGGCCUCGCAGCCAAGUUAGAUAAGAAGCGCAAGAGGCAGGCCGAAGCAUCAUCUAGCUCCAAGCAGAGCAAGCCCGAAGCCCCGAACAAGUCAUCCGGUGGUGGUGCACCCGAGGAGCCUAAGAACAAGAAGCGGAAGGGCGGAAAGGGCAAGAAAGACAAGAACGACGAGACAGACAAGCCGAAAGCUAUCAGGGGCGAGCCCUUGGAGAAGGAGCGCAAGGGUAUCUCUGUCGACGAAGCCAUUGGGAAAAUGGAUGGCCGAUUACUCGCCGAUCACUUUGUUCAAAAGGCCAAAAGACACAAUAAAGAGAUUACUGCUGUUGAGUUGGAGGAUCUUAGUGUUCCAGACUCCGCUUUCCUCGACACAUCGUCAUUUACGUCUUCAAGGACGCUCGAGAAGCUUCCUGAUUUCCUGAAGGCGUUUACUCCCACGGGCGUCAAGCUUUCAGACUCUUCGGAGAAGAAGGGGACCCCACAUACUAUUGUUGUUUCUUCUGCUGGUCUUCGCGCGGCGGAUGUUGUCAGGGCUCUUCGAACGUUCUCAACGAAAGAAUCUCCUAUCGGCAAACUGUUCGCAAAACAUAUUAAGCUGGAAGAAGCCAAGCAAUUCCUUGAGCGAGCGCGAGUGGGAAUCGGAGCUGGAACCCCGGCUCGUAUCUCUGAUUUAAUCGCCUCAGGGUCCCUGAAGCUGGAUGAGCUGAAACGCAUAGUCAUUGACGGUUCAUAUGUGGACCAGAAGCAAAGAGGAAUUUUCGACAUGAAAGAGACACACCUUCCUCUUUUACAGCUGCUCACUCGACCUGAGUUACGCGAGCGGUAUGGGGCGAAGGAAAAGAAGAUCGAAAUUCUCGUUUUUUAA